AUGAUCCCGCUCGCCGACUGGGCGCGCUCGAUCACCCUCGGCAACGCCGCGCUCUUUCGCUUCUGGUUCUCGUAUCUCCUCGAGCCGUUCAGAUCCCUUCCAGUCGAGCUGUACGAUGAGCAGGCGCUCGCGCAGCGGAUGGCCAAGGGCGAGGCGUUCGACCUCACCCUCCCGGCGUCGUACCCCAAGCUCUACGCCUCCGGCCUGUCCAAGCUGAACGCCUACAUCGGCAGCCUCUGCCACGGCGUGCCCGCCGAGCCGAUGACCAAGCAGUACCUCUUCUGGCUCGCGCGGGGCACCACCGUCGUGGCGGCCUGCUGCGGCUCCUUCGCCUCCCUCCUCCUCGCCUCGCUACUCCAGUUUUUGUUUCUGCCGUACAGCACGUUUGUCGCCAUCGCCUACGGGCUCGAGACGGUCUUCACCCUCUACACGGGCCACGCCCUCGUCUUCCCGCUCCUCAGCCUCGCCGUGCGGGCCGCCCUCCCGCCGUGGCUAAACCCGACGCUCACGCUCGACGCCCGCUUCCUCGCCCUCUUCCUCCUCGUCGACCACGCCUUUUGCGCGGUGUGCCUCGGCUGGACGCCAAAGGGCACGCCCAAGCCCGUGCCGACGCGGCGCGUGCUCGCCUCGAUGGCGUACGGCUUCCUCAACUGCAAGACGUACUACCUGGUGCUGCUCCCCGCCUGCUUCGGCCUCGAGCUCGAGCUGCUGCCGUGGCUGCUCGACGCGUCGCUCGGCCUCUCGGCCCGCGUGAGCGGCCACCUCGAGCGCUACUGGCAGGUCCACUUUUACCACAUCCACAGGAUGGGGCACAUCACCAAUGUCUACAACGACGCGCACAAGUUCCACCACUACCUGCACGACUGCACGCCCUUCGACGCGCACAUCUUUGGCGGCCACGUGCUCGGCGUCUCGUGGUACAACAAGUACGCCUACCCGCUCGAGCUGGUGAUGGAUACGGCGCCCAAGGAGCUCAAGGGCGUGGUCGAGUGGGACGGGUACCGCAUGGAGAAAGUCGAGGAGGAGGGCACCGUGACGCUGCGCUUCACGCCGUGCGCCACCGCCGAGAAGGCUCUCAACAAGACGCCCUGCAAGUAG